AUGACAACUUCUUCCAGCAGCCAAAAAAAAAAAACUCAAGUCGUUGCUGAUUUAAUUCCGAACAACUACGAGGAGCAACCUGGAUUGAUCGAAGGAAAAACAAAAGUGUUCAAAGACAAAGUUGCAGCGAGAGUCGACGAUUUGGACAACCUCGGGAAGUUCGUUACUCUUUUCCAAUAUGUGCUGAUCUUGGUGGUCAUUCUCGUUCUCGUUUUAUCGAGGAUUUUCAAGGGAACGACGAUUGCUUACUCCGAGUUGAAGCCUUCGUAUUCGAAAUAUUUGGAAUUGAGAAGUGACCCGGAUGUCAUGAACAUGAAAUGUUCGGUAAGUAACGACACAUUGACCUACGCUUCGUUCACGACGUACUCGUACGAAAAGGCGGAUGCGUGUAGCUGGGUCACUGAAGAUCUUUUAAAGGAUAAGAGGACGUACAGUGAAACAAAAUACGUUCUCGUUAAAGACGGAGAUCCUUACGACUUGGGAGACGGCAAUGGAGCGCAAACCUCUUAUGAAGGAUAUGUUUUGCCGAGAAGUAAGCUCGGUAAAACUUCGGCGUGCAAGGAGCUAAAAAAACUGCAGACAUGCCAAGCGAUCAGGGACGGCUGCUCUCGAGGUCACGAGCUUAUGGAAAAGCUCAUAGAAAAAUCAGAAAGUGCAGUUUUUCCUCUGAAAGAUCUUCUCGACAGCGAAUCAAAACUUCUCUCUUUUGUCAACGCCACGUUGACGCAAUCUUUCGAAUCGUUGCUUUCAGGCUUGGAAGGGCCUCGAAUUGCUGUGAAAGAAUGGGCGUCGAAAAAUAUGCCCGCUUUGUAUGGGUACUUUGGCUCUCUGCAAAAUUACGCUCAGGGACAAUUUUUUCGACAAGAAUUAUCAUCGGACUCGCCCACCAAUUUUUUUAAGAGCGUCUCCAUCGCAUGCGCAAUUUACAAUGAAAAAAUUGCCGACGCAGGUACGUGCGAUACAAGCUGGAUAGGGGAUGGCGUGUGCAAUGCAGCGUGCAAUAAUCCCUACUGUCUGAAUGACGGUGGGGACUGUCUGACAGGGACAGCAUUAUACACGAGCUCGCAUGAGUUCUGGGACGAUGCAACAGACGAAUAUACAUAUCGAGGAUUUUCUCCUUUGCAACAAGGCGAUGAACUAUUUAUUCAGCCGUAUUAUAACAUAAGCGACAAGGAAACCCUCUUCGAUGAUGAUAUGGUGAAUAUACUGAAAACUAUACUGAAUGCCAACGACGAAGACGUGUGGACAGCUCUUGAAAAUAUAUUCGAAGAGCCCUAUAUUCAUCCAAUAUGGCAAACACCUACAAACAUGUUUGUUGGAGUUGAUCCAAACGACACGUGUGGUAAUCCCAGCACUUGGUAUAAAUCAUACGAAAUGGACAGGCCUCCCUCCUGGCUUGAACACCUUGAGUCUGACAUUGACUUUGUAUACGAUACAGUCUUGCGCGACUCUAUUUUCCCAGCAUUGGGUGAACCCUCCGGAGCACUACGUCCUUCUGGCUUUGUUCCAGUUCAAAGGACUGAUGUUUUUUCGUGUGAUGCGCAGUCUAAAGCACAGAAUCUUCCUGGGAUAAAAGGCGAAACAACAGCCAACAUCAAGGCCUGGGUUGAUUACUCAUACGCCUUGUUUGCUUAUUUCAAAGAUAAGUGCGGCGCUGAUGAAGCUGGGCAUUGGAAAACAGAUUGUCCAACCUUCACUGUCGACGAUUCUAUUUUUUCGGUGACCUUCCCUUUGGCAUUUUUAUCCGAUGAUACCGUUGGUUCAGAUGAUGAAAAUAUUGCUUUUGAACGGCUCGAUUUCAUCCGCUUAGUAAGCGAGUUAGAGUAUGCGUAUCUGGGUUCAUCGGCCCGCGAGAACUCGGGCAGCGUUGAGCAACUCCUUCUCGAUGCUGGCAUCAAAAGAGAUUCGGCAGGCUACAGCAUUAAUCCGAGUGUCAACUAUGAAGCCUACUACACAGCUUCAGACGUUUCCGAGUGCUCGUACAGCAAAAGAGUUGGCGCGAGCCCGGCGACGGUUGUCACCGUCGUUCUCGGUUUAAUCGGGGGUGUCACUACUACGGUUUCAGUCUUUGCGCUCGUUCUGUAUCAACUUUUCAGAAAGAGCGUUUUCAAAAAAUACAAAAAUGAAAUGCAAUCGAAAGACCCUUCUUCUUCAGUUCCCGUGUAA